UUUAAAGCACCUCAAAACUAAGUGGUCAGUUUGUCGUGACUUGCCUGACCUAGAUUAUUUCUACUUUCGUUUUAAUGCUUCCGUGUUGUUAUGGUGCUUGUAAACAUUCAUGCUGUAAUUGAAAUAUGGCUACAAAAUCCACCAAGAAGAGUUUACCGCAGCUACUAAAAACAAAAGCACCAGACUGUAAACAAAAGACUACAGCGCCUGUUCAACAUGGAGAUGAAACAAAUUUCCUCACAGUUCUGUACGACGAUCAGCUGAAAAAAUGUAGCGUUGAAAUUGAGGAUUUGAAGAAGCAGAUUGAGAGACUUUCUAAUGAGAACGUGUCUUUAAAAACCGAGCUUCAACAAUUCAAAGAUAAUGAGCUUCAAAGAACAAACCAAGGUGAAGGGCAAAAGACUGCAAAAUUUGCAAAAAAAUUCUCUGAACUUUACGACAUAUUUUGGAAGAAUGCUUUCAAGGAGCAAAUUGAUAAAGAAGGAAAGAGUGAAGAGGAUGGAAUCAGUUUUCUCCUGGCUAUAAUAAAGGAUGCAAAUGAGUAUGCGAGCAAGGAUGUUAUUGAGAUUCAGAAAAUCAUGUCAGCAUUCAAACUUCCUCCUCUACCAAACGAAGAGAAGUUACCUCCAAAGAUGGUACACGUGUUUAAAGACGCUGCAAAAAAUAUGUACAAUAAUUUCAAAGAACCACUUGCCCACGUCUCCGUUGAGAAAUUUCUUCAAAGUCAGAAAAAAUCGGGAAAAACAUUUGGAAAAGCAACUACCGUGUACGCUGGAACAUGUGCAGUAUUUUGCUUGUUCAUGUAUUUCGAAGAUCCACCAGUUUAUCUCGACGUCGACAUCCCUAGCGGGGAAUUUGAUACUGAAAAAUACAGACCAUAUAAAAAUACUGGAGGGGAAUACAAAUAUCAAGUUUGGCCAUGUCUUUACCUGCACAAAGGAGGACCAAUUCUUGCAAAGGGGAUUGCAGAAGGAAAAUGAAAUAUUUAGAUAUACAACGUAAUAUAUAUUAUAAAUUGCAUUUGAGAAAUGGAUACGCUAUUUCAGAUCAAAUUUCUUUGACUUUCGUUUACAUUGCAUUUAAUUUGUUAUGUGUAAUCAAUCUCGUCGAUAAUAUCACGCACACGAUACAUUUGUGACAGAGUAUUGUGUAAUCGCAACUGCUGUGUAAUGAAGGUAACUGUGCGUGAAACUCACGCAUUGUUUUGUAAAUACAGUAAUUAUUACAUUUAUUUUUGAGAACUCACAAGUCAUAUUGCAAUAGUUAAUUCGUGUUAAGGGACUCCGACCCUCAGCCAGGAAGGACAACUCUUUAAUUUAUAAUUUAAUUCAAAAAGUCUUUAAAUAAAGCUUGAACAUUAAAUCUUUUCAUGCAACAAUUUUUAUUAUAUGCCUCUCAAUGUGCUUCAAGGUUCUUUGAUCUUCUCAGAAAGGCCUAAUUAAAAGUAGUAAUUUUUAUCCUGAAAAAGCAUUUUUAGAUACCAAUGUUUAUUAACAUGAUAUGAAAUUAGAAGUGAUUUAUCGAGCUUUGCAAAGAAUCUUGGAGCACAUUGAGAGGCAUAUAAUGAAAAUUGUUGCAUGAAAAUAUUUAAUUUUCAAACUUCAUUUAAAGACUUUUUUAAUUAAAUUAUAAAUUAAAGAGUUGUCCUUCCUGGCAGAGGGUCGGAGUCCCUUAACAUUUAUUUGACAUCUAACAGAAUAUAUUUCAUCAUAAUUAUUUAUUCAAUUUACAUGAUAUUAUAUGUAUGAGAAAU